AUGUUGUAGAGAUUUAGCAAGCAAUAUCAAUUUAGUCAGAUUGGAAGGAUGAAAUAAAGAAAAAGAAGUCAUAUAAAAUAUUUUAGUAAACCAAUCAUCGAGGGUCAAUAUGGCGUAGUUCCGGCAAGGGCAGUACCUUCGCAUAUUCAAAGACCAAGCUAUAUAAGUGAGACAAAGCCUGUCUAUGGGAUAUACGAAGGAGCACCUGUAGUUCAUGGUUAAGAUAUGAUCUAAAAAUUAAGAAAGGCAGCGUAAAUCGCAGCAAAAACUGCUUAUGUGGCUUCAAAAUCAGUCAAACAGGGAAUGACAACAGAUGAUUUGGAUAAGAUAGUUCACGAAUUCAUAAUUUCACAAAAUGCAUAUCCUUCACCAAUAGGAUUCAUGGGUUUUCCUAAGAGUGUUUGCACAUCAGUGAAUGAAGUGUGUUGCCACGGGAUACCUAAUCUUAGACCUUUGGAUGGUGGAGAUUCCUUAAAUAUCGAUGUGACUAUAUUUUAUGAUGGAGUGCAUGGAGAUACUAGUGUUAUGGCAUAGGUUCCUGAAAUGAAUCCAGAAAUUACAAAAUUAAUAGAUACAACUUAAAAAGCCCUUUAUGAAGCGAUUAAAAUUUGUAAGCCAGGAUAGAAGUUCAGUAAAAUUGGAGAUAUCGUUGAAGAGGUAGCUGGAGAUGAAGGAUUUACAGUUUGCGAAUUAUUUACAGGACAUGGCAUAGGUGAAUUGAUGCAUAUGCCUCCUACAAUCAUCCAUAAUUUUAAUGAUUAUCCGGGAGUGAUGGUCCCAGGAAAUGUAUUUACGAUAGAACCUAUCCUCUUGAUGCGUCAUGAUCAAUAUUUAAUGUGGAAGGAUAAUUUUACUGUUGUUUCUCCAGAUAAUCCUAGUGGUAUUGUAAACUUAUAAACUGUAGCUCAAUGGGAACAUAUGGUUUUAAUAACUGAAAAUGGGUAUGAGGUUUUGACAAAGAGAGAAGAUGAGACUGGUAUAUGA